UGUUUUUGUUGUUGUAAAACGCGGUAUUAGUAUUAAGAAAUAUUUGUCAUAGAUUGUAAAAUAAUUUUUUGAGGAUUUUUCCAAAAAAAUACACAUAAAAUUAGUUAUGAAAUUCGUUAUAGAACAUUUAAGUAAAAACUCUGGACGUCUAGGGCAUUUGGUGCAGCUGGAAAGUGGAAAACAAUAUAAAACUCCUCUGUUAGUGCAGGUGACAAAGGGUGGUAGCAUACCCUACCUCAGUCGUGAUGUAUUUGACCAUGUCACCCAAGAGCAACAAGUAUUACAAAUGUCUUUGGCUACCAUGGAUCAUAUGAAAGAAGCUUUGACUCAUUUCAAAGGUGGUGGUUUGUCUGGUUUUGUAGGAUACAAAGAUUAUCCUACCUUCCUCACCAUAAGAGAUCCUUGCGAAUUAAUUCCAGGAGGCUUUAAUGAAAAAGAUAUUGUACCUUUGUUUACACGUCGUGGCAAAGAGCCACUCACUGUGCAAAAGUUUGUUAGUUUAGUGGAGGCAUUUAAACCUGACAUUUAUCAAGGUCUCUGCGAUGCUGAUACUAAUUGGGAGAGUGCUAAGAAAAGAAUACAAAAGUCGGUGGAUCGUACUGAAGCAUUUAUGGAUGCCUGUUAUGAACAUCACAAUAACUCCGAGACUUUAAAAAAGAGCUGCUUAUUUGCUCCCAUUGUAGGAGGCUACAAUACCUUUAAUCGUUCACAAUCUAUUAAACAUGCCAAAGCGAAAGGUGCCGCAGUGAUAGGUGGUUAUAUUUUUGAAGGUUUCCAUAGUUAUGGCUUGUCUGCUACAGAGGUAAAAAGUGAACAAAUUAUGCCUAUUAUGAGUCAUUGCUUUAAGGAAUUGGAUACGGAUAAACCUUUUAUGUUGCCGGGUGCUUUUACUCCAGUGAUUAUGUUAAAAUUGAUUCAAUUAGGAGUUGAUAUAUUUGAUUCAUCAUAUGCUUAUUGUGCUGCCACUAAUUUUAAGGUUUUAUCUUUUAAUUUUGAUUUGAGCCAGAAAACAACGACGGAAACGCCAUUUAUAGAUGUUACAGAUGAGUGCUUAAAAGAAGAUUUUAAUCCACUACUAAAGGACUGCUCUUGUUUGGCUUGUCAGAAACAUACAAGAGCUUAUAUACAUCAUCUUUAUAAAACCUCUGAACUUUUAGGACCAAUACUAAUAAUGAUCCACAACUUACAUCAUCUAAUGCAAUUCUUUACCACAAUACAAAACUGCAUAUCAAAUGACAAUUUAAACGAAUUAAUAGAAUUGCUAGAAAAACAAGGCGGUGAUAAACCUGUAGAGUAUCGCAUCGAAGCCAAUACUAAAGUUAUUAGUAGAGCAGGUUUAGGCAAAGGGUUUGCUGAUGCCAAAGAAUAAUAAAAAGUGAAAAACUUUUGGAGCUAGUAAUGACUAUAAUGUAUAUUUAUUUUACUUUUGUAAUUUGCUAUUAUUUUUUAUAAUAAAUGUACAUUUAGCUAAACAUA